AAUCUGUCCGUGCGGGAGCAACAAUCACAUCCAAGAUGGAGACCGUAAAUGCUGGACAGAUGAUGAGCUUAGCAGCUCUACAGAGACAAGACCCGUAUAUAAACAAACUACUCGAUGUUACCGGCCAAGUGGCUCUCUACAACUUCAACUCCAAAGCGAACGAAUGGGAGAAGACUGAAAUCGAAGGAACCCUGUUUGUUUAUGCAAGGUCUGCCUCUCCUCACCAUGGUUUCACCAUCAUGAACCGACUUAGCACAGAGAACCUGGUGGAGCCAAUCAACAAAGACCUGGAGUUCCAGCUGCAGGAUCCCUUCCUGCUCUAUAGGAAUGGCAACUUGGGUAUCUACAGUAUUUGGUUCUAUGACAAGAGGGACUGUCAACGAAUCGCCCAGCUGAUGGUCAAGAUCGUGAAACAAGAAGCAGACCAUGCCCAGAGAGAGUCGCCAGAGAGGGCAGAGCCGGGGAGGACCAACGGUGUUGCAGAACCACGGCCCAUCGACAUCCUGGAACUGCUCAGCAAAGCUAAGGAGGAGUACCAGAGAGCUCAGGCAGGUGAAACUGAUGUCUCUGCAGAGCCUAAUAUGAAAGCAGCUAUCAACGCCACAGAGCAUGCUCACACCGCACCACAGCCUGAAAAGAGCUCUCAUACAAUGGUGAAACAGAUCACAGUUGAGGAGCUGUUUGGCUCAUCCCUCCCUAAGGAUGCUUCUCUACCCACCAUGCCCACACAGAACACCACCACUGCUUCCAGCGACCCCUCCUCUGCUUACCUCCAGAACCAGUCUUAUCCGCCUCCAGCCCACCAAAACCCACUCUUUCCCUCCCAUCUCACAGCCCAAGACCCUGGGUCAAGUCAGCGGCAACAAGUCCCUGGCCUUCUCCCAGCUCCGUACGUGCUACACCCCAGCCCUGUUUUCCAGUCAGUGGUCCACAGGUCAGACCCCCAACCUCGGUGCUCAGUCUCCCCUCUCAUGGUGCUUCCAGCUGGCUCAGAGCCUCGAGGUGCUCCCCCUGGUCCUGCAGCACCACCAGCAGCUCCCACAGCCUAUUUGGGACAGGAGAUGCUCGGCACCCUUAAAGCACCAGUGCCAACUGUGAAUUCCGACAUCCACAAACCCAUCCUAGCACCCAACUUUUUGCCGAGCACUCUGUUUCCACCUCACAGCUUCCAAGAGCCCGUGGGGAAACCCCUUCUCCAGCAUGGCAAGGAGAUAGAUGUUUUCUCUCAGCCUCCAAACCUGAUCAAACCAAUGUCUGCUGUCCCCAUGAGUCCAGGUCUUGCUGUUCCAGGGCAGCCAAUGUCCGUGCUUCUCUCCCCCAGCGCCUUCCAGCAGUCUGUCAGUAAGACAACAGCCGCAGCAUCAGUGGUCCCUCCUGCCCCCUCUAAGCUCUCCUCCACCUCUGUAGGAGCUUUAGAGCCUCCACAAGCAGCCUGCAGCAAAACACAGCUACAGGAUACUCUGAUACACCUUAUUAAGAACGACCCAGACUUCCUCACUGCCAUUCAUGAUGCGUACCUGCAGAGUCUGUCCAAGGACUUCAGCAACAUGAAGUUAUAGUCUACAUCAGCCCUCGUCGCUGCCUCCGUCAGAGUUACGAGUCCUUCGUGACCUUUGAAGAGUCCAGACGUGAACAGGAGUUAAGUGCAGAUAACAGGUUUUUUAAACGCUGCACACCACAACUCUUCUAAACUAGUCUGUGUUUAUAAGGGUUGUUAUAGCACGCAGUGCGCCAUUCAACCCUCCGUCUCCAACCCUAACUUGUUUUUUGAGUUCUCGCCUGAACACUGACACUCUCCUGGCUACUCGCAUUAUCUUGGAUCGACUUUUUUGUCUGCUUUGUCAAUCCAGAACUACAGGGGGAGAGAAGCAUGAGAUGAAAUUUUCCAGCGGGGCCUUGAGUUUUCAUUUUCAUUUUUUAAAUAUGAAAGAACAGUUUGCCACAUACUGGUAAAGUUAAGCUGUUGUUGGUUUAACUCACUUGGCGGACGGGACCACAGUGGCGCUUCGGUGACCUCGGAUCAUUUCACUCCUGAACAGACGAUGUUGCAGCUUGAACAUUAAAGGAAUCACAGGCGCUGCUACUCUUACUCAUCUCACGUCAUUGGACUUCUCGCAGUGCGAGCGAAUGGGAACAGAGAUAACAGACUGACAUUGCUUAUCAGGAGAAAGACCUCUGUGCUCGGGACCUCAGAACUGUUUUUGGGGUCUUUGCAGGCAAACUGUCUCACUGUCUGGCGUUAAAAAGGACUCUAAUUUUCCCUUCUUGACUUAAUGAACAUUCACCCUCAAAGUAUCGAUGAGGCCUGUGUGUAUUUUUGGUAACACCACAGAGACACCAACAGUUUAUGUGGCAUUUUUUGUUUGUCAGUGUCUCUUAAUAAGGAGGAGAUUGUUGAGGAUUUUUUUUCAGUCCUAGACCAGGAAAGACAAAAAAAGUCUGUUAUUGUUUGGAGAAGCACUUGCAGCUCAAUCUGAGAAUCAGUUCUUCUCAGCUGCUUUUUUACUGUUCUGUUACGGACUACGACAUGCUACGACACCAGCUUCUUCGCUACCUGUCUUUUCUCCAAAUUUCUCUUCACCCUUACUCUUUCUCUCUGUGUCUUUCUCCUCGUCUAUAUCGUCCGUCUUUCCUCCACCAGCUGAGCUCAGUAUUUGAUGUUUUCGGAGGGGAACGUGCAAUAGAUGACAGUCGCGAUGCCUUUAGGGAUUCCAGCAUUUUGGCAUACACUGGGAUGGUACGGUAGAGCUAAAUUUAUCUGAACCUCUGGGUUCUGCAACAAUGUAGAAUUUAAAUAUCACGAGAAGAAAAAUCAUAUAUUGCUUUUGAUUAUGAGAUUAUGACUACAUUCACACCCCUAACAUAACAGAGGAGCUGAUGAUAAAUAUGGAUUUGAUAGCUUCAGUAUAUUUCCAACCAGUUGAGCUUCUACACCUAAUCCAAACUAAUGACGAAAAAUAUGAACUACCUCCAUUCCUGCCUCUAAAUUUAUUUUUCCAGGCCACAGUAAAGUCUGAAGUCACGAGACUUUGAAGACAAAACAAACUGUGGUGACUUGUUGGUUUUUUUGCAGUAAAAGGCUACUGCAGUACAGAACACCAGUGGGAACACGAAAAAACACAUCCAUUUAUCGAUGAGGGGACAAAGUUUUCAUAGCUUGUGUGCAUUUGUGAAAAGGAUACUGUUAGGUUUCAUUUUCCCUUUUUUCACAAAAUGUUUUGCUCAUACAGGACCAUUAAAACAGCCUACAAAUAAUGUAAAAGCAUGAAAAUUUAAGUUGUAGUGUUUUCUGACAAAUGGCACAGUGAUGACCGACAUCAGUUUUCAGCUAAUGGAUGAUAGGGCUACUUAUUCACACAUUACUGUUCAGAUGUCUGUAAUAGUUUUCUAAACAAUCAAUAUACCAAGUCAUUCAAUAAGGAAAGCUUACUAGUAGAUUUUUUUCCCCAGGCUUGCGAACAUGAAUUGGAGAAAUUACAUUACGUAGUCAUCAUUUGGAAACAACGAUGUCAGAUAUUACCUGCAGAAACACCUGUCUUGAUUGUGACACCAUAAAUUUUCAUUUGGUCGUGCUAUUUGAAUAUAUUUAAUAACUCGCAAUAUGUAUGUGCCGGUCUUGUUUUCUUCUGUGUCCCAAGUAUUUAAGUUGAACUCAGAUCAACACACAAAUGCUAUUAACCAUGUUUUUCUUCCUCUUUUUCAUUUUUCUAAAUUAAGAUUUAUAAUGCAAAAAUGUCCACAACCAGGGAGCAAAUCAAAAAAUGUGUUCACCUCUUUGCCCUGUUAUUACUAUUUAAUUUCAGAGGUCAUCUUACCAACACUUCUGGCAUGUGUUGGUUAAAUAAAUGCACACAGGAUGAAUAAUUGAAAUGCAGAGUUUUUAAUCCCGGUCAUAUAUUUAAGAUUUUAAGGUUAUUUUACGCUUUGGUAUAACUAAUCGUAUCAGCCAGAGAUAUGACUUUGGGAAAGUAUUUGCAAAUUAUAUUAAUUUUCCAAGAUUGUUGCCACUGUACAUAAUUUGGUUUAUUUUGACUAUUUUGUGAUAUUAAAGAAUUGAAAAUA